AUGAAAUUUGAGGUGGUUUGUGGUGCUUUCGUGGUCCUCUGCAUUGUGGAGUACAUCAAGGCUCAGCCAGGAGGGAAUGAUGUGGCUGAAUUGGAUUACAGGACACCAUCGAAUUCCCCUGCAGAGACGUCCCUCAGUUGGACUGAUAAGGCUAAGAGCUUGAUAAGCGGUCCCACAGGACAAAUCGUUGUGAAUCUCGCCAAAGAGAUGCUGAGUCGAUCGACUGGGAAUAGUCAAGUGCUGAGUCUCAAUCUGACCAAUCUCUUCAUACUGCUCUUCCUGAAGGCACUCAUCUUUUCGGCAGGACUCCUCGGAACCGGACAUUGGGGUGGCGGAGGAGGAGGAGGAUACUAUGGACGAGCCAGAAGUGUCGAAAAAUCCUUUCUGGACUAUGACGAGGUUCCCCUAGUGCUGGGCUAUCUGGCGAGCGAGGGUUCCGGACAGAAGGGCUGUCUCUAUCGAGCAGCAUGCCUCGCACCCUACAGCGCACUCGAUUAUGCAAAAGCCGGUCACGCUGUUCUCAAGGGGUCGGAAAUAUUCAAUCCAGAUUUGAAGCACGAUUUUCACUACAAUCACAUACUUAAGGGACUCGAGAGGGCCGCCAUGGAGGGAAUCGAGAAUGUACCUUGCGAAAUGGUCUAUCCAUGCUCAUCGUGGCAGAGCAUCAACACAUCGGCCAAGUGA